AUGGGCAAGAAGCAAACGACUGACAAAACUAGUAGUGAAGAAAAUGCUAUAAACUGGAAAAGUUCGUAUGAACAUCUGCACUCUGAUAUUCAAUAUCUGCAACCUUUUACUGUGGUUUGGUUAAAUAAAUCUUUCGAUCCAAAUAAUGAAGAUUGCCAGAGUACAACUGCACAACGUUAUAGUUAUACUAACGAUAUCAAUACAUUCACAGAUAAUGAUGAAUGUAUUGAUUUUAUUCUUGACAUUGAUCAUACAAAUAUAAGUAUGAUUAUUUCUGGAUCAAUUGGACAAAAUCUCCUACUAUGCAUACAUGAUAUCUAUCAACUCGAUUCAAUUUAUAUUUAUUGUGAUAAUAAAGAACAUCAUGAACAGUGGGCAGGAAAAUGGUCAAAGAUCAAAGGUGUAUUUACAGAUAUUAACUCAAUUUGUACAACUCUACAACAAAGAACUCAUCAAUGUCAACUAAAUGAUAUAUCGAUGAGUUUUAUUGGAUCAGAAAAAAGAUUAGAUCAACUUGAUCCCUCUUUUAUGUAUUCACAGAUCAUCAAAGAAAUCAUGUUGACCAUUGAUUUUGGAGACAAACAUAUCAAAGAGUUUAUUAACGAUUAUCCCAAUGCAUUCGGUGGUAAUAAGAAAGAGUCAUAUGAUGUAGAACAGUUAAUACGCCAGUAUCAUCAAGAAACAUCUAUAUGGUGGUAUACAAACCCACAGAUUGCCUUGUAUUCUAUGCUAAAUAGUGCUUUACGAUUACUAGAUGGAGAUGUGAUUGUACGAAUGGGAUUUUUCAUUAAUGAUUUACAUCGACANUGUCCAGAACCAGAGACCCUCCCCAUCCCUCGCUCCCAUUCAAUGGCUUUUAAAGAACUCUUGAAGAAAGCCAUUUUUUUCGUAAGUGUAGAAGAGUAUAUUCCUGAUUAA